GUGAGGCUCCGAUCUUGCAGGUGGUGGUCGCACCUUCCUCGUGUAACCUUGGCCUCGCAAGGCUGGCUUUGUUUCCCCAACCUUUUCUUUCCCCAUCACUAUCACCACUACCUUUACUUCGACCAUCCUUCCCUCCCCAGCGUGUCGUGGGAUCCUUGACGGUCUCUCGCAGGCUCUCCAUUCUGUCCUUCUUUCAUCCACGUGCGACGCACGUUCUGCAGCAUCGAGGACUCUGGCUUGUUGACUUCAACCUUCCACGGGUUCCAACGUGACACUUCGAGAUGGCUACUACUCCAAACCAAGCAUCUGGAAGCACUGGAAAUCAAGUCCCGCCACAGCAAGCAUCCAAGGAGACCUCUGCAAUGCCUUCAGCAAAGAAAGCGGAGAUCGACGAGGCAGAUUCUGACUCUGACGGACCUCCACCGUCCCCGAUGCGUCCGUAUUCGUACGAGAAGAAGAAGAAACCUAUGCCAUCGCUUCGAAAGCAAGCAGAGAAAGUUGUUCUCAAGCAACUCACCAAAACUCUUGAAGGAAAUUCUGCACUGGCUCGGUAUUGUUGCGGAGGUCGUGUCUUGACCACCCUCUCCGGCGAGUCUAGCACAGCCGCGAAGGAUAUGACAGUUCCGGUAUCUCCCCCAAUCAUUCUUCGCUGGGAUGAUCCCACGGACAAUGAUACGCCGAGAAGAAUCCGGUUGCCAAUCGCUGUUGGAACCACCAAAGGAAAUCCGGUCGCGUUCUCUGUCAUUGACAACUCAAGGUUGAUCAAAGCAUGCAGCCCUAGUGGCGUUCUUCCCGAAAGCCAGUUCUCAACCAACCUUGAUCCACACUAUCUGGGAAUUCUCGAUGUCGUCGCCCAAACCAUCCUGCCCGGCUUCGAAACCGAUCUUCUCCAAGGACGACCAGAGCAUCGAGGUGUUUCGGCCCAACUUACACAUCUGCAGAUACACUCAGGUCCGUCAACCAGUGUCAAAAUGUUCUUGCCACCCAUUCCAGCGAACAACUAUCUUGGCAUUCUUCUGGUUUGUCUCCCGAACAUGCAUCAAGGAGGGCAACUCGAAGUAUCCAACGAAGGGCAUUCGACUAUUUUCGACUGGAGCGGUGCUAAGCCCACCGAUAUCAAAUGGGCCGCGUUUGUAGGAGAUUGCCAGCACAAGAUGCAUCCAAUACAGAGAGGCAACCAAAUCAUGCUUGUAUAUAAUUUACGCGUCACGGAGAGAGUUGGAAGCGUUAUGCAAAAUCCAGUGCUUGCGGAUGCGACUCAGUUCCCCCUAUACGACGGUGUAAGAAGUAUUCUAGAGCAUCCUGGCUUCAUGAAAGAAGGGGGUAUGAUUGGCUUUUAUUGUCGCUAUCCCUAUUCUCACACUGCAGCGAACGCAGCCAAAGCGAUGCCAUAUGCACUUAUUGGUGUCGAUCUGGUUGUCCACAAUGUUUUCCGCUCUCUUGGCCUCGAGGUAAAGGUUCGACCGCUUCUUGAUCAAUCAGAACUAUAUGAUAUGGAUGAAUUCGAAUACGAAUUUGACAGGGACUGCUAUGGAGACGAGCCUUGGGAGUUUCCGGAGUAUUUGCCUAAUCAAUGCCGUUGCGGUUGCGAGAGUCCCUAUAGUUGCAGCGGUGGCUGUUCCCCAUAUUACCCAGACUUCCCGCCAUUCGAGGAAUGGAAAGCGAGGAAGCAGCAAGGAGAUCUGAUUGGCACAGAAUUCCGGGAACUGCAGUUUUGUCGGACUGGCGAAGAUGCGCUCUUUCGUCGCGAGGAGAAGGAAUCCGAGCUACAGGAAACCUGGGAAUGGAAGAAAUACCGUAAUAUACAGUGGCUGAAUACACCGGAGGAGCGGGAGAAGGGUAGUCCAUGGGAACUCGCGCUCCAUAACAUUCCUUACACCGACGAUGAAACGUACAUUGAGAGGUUCUACUCUUACGUAGUACUCUUGAUCCGUGUCCCGAAGAUGGCGAAGAGGGAUCUCACAGUUAAUGCAUAACAUGGGAACGAGUUCUUGUAGAAGACAAGGGGACGUGAUAUGCCGCUGCUAUUGAUGCAUUUUGCUGGGCUGACAUAUGCGCACACGAGGUGGAGAAGCAUGUACCAUCGAAAUAACUACCUUACCCGUCGCUUGAAAAAUAAUACCAAUGAAUAUAUCAUAACUGUUUCCACUAGUAUUAACUUUCAACUUGAAUUCGACAGUGUCAUUGCC